AUGGUCCAGUUCGUCUUCACGCCCUGGCGCAACCGCGCCGAGCUGCUCAAAGUCCGCAACCAGCUCUAUCCAACAUCAUCCUCAAAGUCAUGUCCAGCCACGCCGCCGCCGCCGCCCACGCCACACCACAAAUGGACCCCGGCCGAGGUGCAGAACAUGCGCAAGGCGAUCGCGCGCGUGUUCAUGUGGGUGCACCGCGGCAACUGCCCGCACGUGGUGGAGUCGACGGCGAUGCUCCUGUCAGCGGUACUGCUGGACCGGCGGCACACGGCCUCCAGUGACAGAGGCGGCGACGGCGACGGCGACGACGCAGCAGGCACAGGAGAUGCGGCCAUAAGCGAGUAUGGCGUGCGCGCGGCGUACCUCACGGCCUUCACGCGGUUCGUGACGGGCCUGCUGGACGGCCACCAGGACAGGGCGCGCAAGCUGAGCAUGUACGGGGUGGCCAAGACGGUGGGGCUCCCCGCGGGCUUCGUCGAGCUGCGGCACCAGGGCACGCACGAGCCCAUGCCCGGGCUGGCGCAGCUGAGGCCUGCCGCGGGCAGGGCGCUCGUCUGGAUCUGGGAGUAUUACUGGAGGAACCUGCCGGAUGUGGACGACGCGGAGGGGCCCUCACGGGGGACGGCUGCUGCUGCUGGUGGUGAUGGUGGUGCGUCCGAUGAGAAUCCGGGGAAGAAGAGGCAGCCUGUGGUCGCUGUGCCUGCUGCUGCUGUUACGUCUACGAUAAAGGGGCGCAUGUGCCGCGCCGCGCUGAUGGGAUAUCUGCAGAGGCAGGAGGGGGAGGUGGGCAGUGAUGCGGCGAAGCAAGCCUUGACGAGGCAGUUGGGCCAGUGGGACGACGUGCUCAUAUUGAGGGCGCUCGAGGAGAUAGGACAGACCGCGAGGGACGCGGGCAUAUUGUCACGGUCGGUGAAGCUCUCCAGGGAGAUACUUCUCCGGGCUAGGGGUGGCGAUGCACAGCAGGGCGAGGACAGCGAGACGGCUUACGAUAUUGAAGAGAUGAGGCAAGUGCUGCGUCAGGCCAGAGAGGAGGCCGAGGGCGAGGCGGGCGGGAUCGAACCUGGCAAGAGGAAACGGGAUGGGGCCGACGAUGAGGACGAGGCCCCGGGCUGGAAGAGGUGGAAAGGACCGUGGACGCCGAGGCCGAUAGGGAUCUUGUGA